AUGGGGCAUUUCAUGCUAUCUCCUCGUAAAGCGGAAGCAGCUUUAGAAGCUCAGAGGGGAGAAGAUGGCGCUGGGGGCCGCGCGAUCCAAUUCACAGGUGACAACACGGGUGCGGAAGACACGUACUACCGCUUGCAGAGUCUCUUCACUGAGACGGCUGCCUGA